CAUGCGUGCUGCUGGCUGAAGAGCUCCGUUUCCAGAUGCUGAGACCUGCUCCAAGCGGGGGGAGAGUCGUCGUUGUGUUUGGUCGUUGGUUGGGGGACAUUCCCCCUGUUUACAGACUAGCGACCAACGACAAAACAAAAACGUCGGUAGCAAGUCAGAUUACGAAGUUUUAUAGGUGUCAUUCAAUUUACUUUCAAAGGAGCCAUGAGCUUUGCACUUCAGGAUCUGCUCCUCUGCUGUCGUCAAUUUGACAAUGACAAAGCUACCGAGAGAAAGAAAGAAAUAGAUAAAUUUAAACGCCUUAUUCGGAUGCCAGAAGCUAGAGAGCAGUUGGAUCGAAAUUCUGAAUCAAGACAUUCAAAACAAUUGAACUGGGAUACAGUUUUCAGGUUUCUGCAAAAGUACAUCCAAAAAGAGACAGAAUGUCUCCAGGCAGCCAAUCCCAAAGUGUCAGCAACAACCCAAGCCAAUCGACAAAAGAAAAUGCAAGAAAUAAGCAAUAUCAUGAAAUAUUUUAUCCGAUGGGCAAAUAAAAGAGGACCUCAUUUGAAAUGUCAAGAACUAUUGAAGCACAUCAUGGAUAUUCUGCAGAAUAAAUUCAGUUGUGCUGCCUAUGGGGCAGACUACAAUAGUAUUUUGCUGAAGGAUGUUCUUUCAAUUCGGAAAUACUGGUGUGAAAUAACCCAGCAACAAUGGUCAGACUUACUGACCUUGUACUUCAAGAUGUACCUAAGGCCCUCAAGAGAUACUAACCGGGUGCUUGUAGCCAGAAUAAUUCAUUCCCUUGUGAAAGGCUGUUGUUUCCAGUCAGAGGGCCUGACCACCAAACUGUUUGAAUUCUUUGCAAAGGCAAUGCAGAAUGCAAGACAGGAACAAGUCUUUGCAGUCAUUGAGCAUAUCAUAUCAGCUCUCAAUAUCUUCCUCAACACGUGUAUAAUGAAUUGUCGCAUUCGUGUAUGUAAACUUGGGGAGGACAUCUUCCCAACACUGCUAUGCAUUUGGACUCAGAAGCGUCUCCAAGAUUCCUUAAAGGAAGAAAUCAUUGAAUUUUUUCGAUUACAGCUCCAAGCCCAUCAUCCAAAGGGGACAAAAACACUGGAGAAAGGUGCUUUUGCAGCUGACUGGUUGAAUUGGCAGAACCUGCUUUAUAGUCUCUACGAAGCAAUUGUCAGUGAAGUGAGCCACAUAGGAAGCAGAGGAAAGUACUCAGCAGGAGUGCGUCAUGUCGCUGUCAAGGAGAACCUUGUCAAUCUAGCUGCUGACAUCUGUCAUCAGGUACAGGAAAAUAAAAAUCUGUUGUUUGGUCAUGACUCAAGAGUAAUUGUGUCAUCAGUAACAAAUAUAGAUACUCCGCAAAGCUCCUCCCAUCAGGGGACACCGAGCAAACGAAGACGUAUUGAGUUGGGAUGGGAAGUUAUACGAGAUGGUUUGCAAAAAUCAGAGAAUGAUUUUGAUAUGAUACCAUGGUUACAAAUCACCACUGUUCUGGUUGCAAAGUAUCCAUCAAGCUUGCCCAACUGUGAGCUUGUUCCUCUUUUGACCGUCUUGCAUCAGAUCCUUUCUCAGCAGAGACGUGGAGAGAGAAUUCCUUAUGUCCUUUGUUGCCUCCGUGAGGUUGCUGUCUGCCAGAGGUUGAAGUCGACACUGAAUACUGCACAGAAAUUAGACCUGCAGAAACUCUGGGCCAAAAUCUGGGCAAUCACACUUCGGAGCAUCAGCUCACAUCAGACUGAGGCUGAAAGCUUCCAGCUGCUAGAGGCAAUUCUUGAAGGGAACCUAACCAUUCCAGACAUCGAUUUUUGGAAAAUCUUUUCAGGAUCCACGUGCAAACCAUCCAAUUCUGCAGUUCAGUGUCUUUCUCAAGCAUUGGCAAGAUGCACGUUACCAGAACGAAUUGAUGGUAUUGUUGAAAAUUAUCCAAUGUCUGUGGGUGACAGACCACUGAGUCUUAGAGAAGCAAUAAUACAAUGGUUAUUGGCAUAUCAAGCAGAAGAAAAUGCUGAAGAGAAUACAGAGAUUCCAUCUGUUGUCUGCAGAGAUUUUCCAAAUCAACUUGUCUCUCAAAUAUUGGUUGCUUUGACGCUGAAGGACUGCAGAUCAGGAAUGGACUUCUUCCAGUUACCUUCUACAGAGAGUGCACCAGCAGGAGAAUCUCCAACUGAAGAUUGCAAAGGUAGCACAGUCUUCUCAGAAACAGAAAGCCUUUUCCUGCAAGCAACAUUUGAUGAAAUUCCAACUUACAGUAGCACUAUGGUUUGGAUUAGGGAAAAAGAGCCUGCGGCAUCAAAAAUAAGUGCAAAGCGAGCUUUGAGAGAAAAGCUGGAGGAAUAUUUGUUGGCGUUGGUGGAAUGUUUGCAUUCUACUGUGGUGCUUCGUCCAGAAUGCCAAGUUCGUUGUGCAGACCUUAUUAUUGGAGUGCUCCGAUGUUAUUGUGAUAUCGGUGUUAUCAGCGAGGAUAAUGCAUGUGCAUCUGCCCUAUUUCAGAAGGCAAAGUCUUUAAUGCUGAAUGCUGGUGAACACAUUUCUACAACUCAAAAUGAACUUAAUGAAGAGAUGAAGCUCAGCUCUCUGAAAACACUGGUUAAUGUAUGCACAAAAUGUCUGCGCUCUCACACUAAGCACUGGCCAAAGAAGAGCUCAUCCGUUCUCUUCCUUCAGCUAUUCCCAGCAAGAUUUAUGAAUGACCUUCUGCAAGUUUGCAGGCAGCUGGCAACUCCCACUGGAAAAUCACGUGAAGCUUGUGAAGCGAAGGAUGAUUUUCAAGAUGAUUUCAUGGAAGUAGAGGGACAUGGAUCAGGAGACCUUUUUGAUGACAAUAUUGACAAAACCCCUGAAGGAGGUGAUUAUAGUGAAAACAAUGACUCCUCUAUUGCAACAGGAGCAAAGAGCAUUUUAUCUGAAGACAAUCUGACAAAGCAUGACUUUCUCCUCCUCGACAUUCUCCGAUUCCUCUGCUGUUGCACAGCAGCAGGACAGAUACAUACACUUUCGUUCAGGUCUAGUGACAUUAGAAGAAAACUAUUAUCAUUAAUUCAGGACAUCGACCAUAACAUUUCAAAACCUCCCCACUUGCAUAUGUACUUAAUCCUGUUAAAAGAGCUUCCAUCAGAAGAAGGCAUUCUACCUUCAAGUGAUGUUGCCAUACUUCUGAACCCACUCUUGGACUUGUGUUCUGUGUAUCGUUGUGAUCAAGAGGUUUGUUCAGUGAUCCUGACACACAUUCUUCCAUUACUGUCAGCACAUGGCAUUGAUUCUGAUGAAAUGGCUGAUAUUCGAGGAAUACUACUAAAGGCAAUUGGAGCAUUCUGGCACCUAAGCAAAGAAGGAAAAUGUAACGCACAAGUGAGAGCUGCACUAGUAAGAUGCAUGAAAGCCCUACUUGAGAAAGACCCACAUUCGAAAUGGACUGUGCUCUCCAUCAGAAGUGAAGAAUUACCUGUCUCUGAAGUCUACACGGAGUUCCUAACAGACAGUCAUCACCAGGUUCGCAUGCUCACUGCUCUGUCUGUUAGCAGUCUUUUCCAGGAGACCCAGUUACAGGAUUCAUCUGUAAAGCUGAACGCCCUUCCUGUGAAACUGCAGCAGAAAGCCUUUGAAAAUGUGUAUAUGAAAGUGCAAUUGGGAAUGAGAUGUCAGAAUUGUGGAUCCCCAGAAGAACUCCAGGAUGAGAAGAGCAACAGAAGGGCUACAUUGCUUAUAGUGAUUUCAUUGGUCAUGUGCUGCAGCCCCAUUUGUGAAAAGCAGGCCUUAUUUGCUAUUUGCCAGUCAUUAAAGGAGAACAAGUUGGACCCUACGCUUGUUAAAAAGAUUCUUGAGUCCACAUCAAAGUGUUUGACCUAUCGUAGUUUGGAAAGCUUCAUGAUUUCUCAUUUAGAUUACCUUAUCCAUGAAUGGCUGGCAGUGACUGAUCCUGACUACAACUUGCCUACAUUUCCUUACAUCCUUUUGAACUGUUCUAAUCUGGAAGAAUUUUAUAGGUCCUAUUACAAAUUUCUUGUUCCACACCUGAUGGUUACUGGUAAAUUGGAAGAAGUGAAAUCAAUUGCUGCAUGCAUUAACAGACACUGGAAAGAAUUGCUUGCAGAUUGCCUUCCAAAGAUAAUGGUUAACAUUCUGCCUUAUUUUGCAUAUCAAGAAAAGAAUGGAUCUGAUAAUGCUUUGGCACAACGAAGAGAAAAUGCAUCAAAGGUGUUUGACAUGCUGAAAGAAGAUGAUUGCUUGGGGAAGCAGCAAAUUGACUAUUUGAGCCUCAACAACUUGCCAGAGAUUGUGGUAGAGGUGCUCAAUACCUUGUAUGAUCGUCCUAACCAAGAUGUAGCAAAUGGUGUAGAGCUGGUGAAGUUUGUUGGGGCACUGGAUCCUGCUCCUAACCCACCUUAUUUCCCAUCCUGUGUUAUCAAAGCUACACUGGAGUAUAUUGGUAGCUGCCAUAAAGACAAGUUCAAAUCACUUGUGGCAGUUCUUUCAAAAAACCCUGACUCAAUACAAAAGAUCUUGCUAGCAAUUUGUAAGAAGGCAGCAGACAGUACCAGUGCUUAUGAAAAGCAUAGAAUUCUGAUGAUGUAUCGUUUAUUUGUAAACUUGCUGCUGAAAGAGAUUAUGGACGGGCUUGGAGGAUUGUGGGCAUUUGUUCUCCGUGAUGUCAUCUAUAGUCUGAUUCACCACAUCAACAGUCGGCCAUCACACAUGGAUGAUAUAUCCACACGCAGUUUUUCUCUGUGCUGUGAUCUUUUAAAUGUCACUUGUCAAACUGCUGUGGAACAUUGUGGGGAUGCACUUGAAAACCACCUUCACGUCAUUGUGGGUACAUUAACACCAUUGGUCCAAGAACAGCCAGAGAUUCGCCAACAGGCCCUAACAUUGUUGAAGUAUCUAGUGAUUUCUAAUCAAAACAAUGAAAACCUGUACCAUGCAAUUAGGCGGUUGGAUCCAUUCCCUGAUCUUCCUGACUUCAAAGAGCUGCGUCUUACCCAGGAGAAAAUCAAGUAUAGCAGGAAACAGUUUACAUUAUUGGAGGAAAUUAGUCACUUCCUUUCAGUCAACACCUGUGAUUCCUUACCCCUGACUAGGCUUGUGGGACUAAACGAUCUGAAAAAACAGCUAGAACUUCACAAAGAGGAUACUAAAAUUCUGCUGAAAGAGUGUCAAGAUGAUCCAGAGUCCAGUGUUCUUGUGAAACUGGUUGUAAAUCUCCUACAAUUGUGCAAGUCUGCUAUCUGUCACCCUGCUGGAAAAGAUAUACUAGAAGCUGCAGGAAAGUGCUUAGGAGAAAUGGGUCCAAUUGACUUUUCCACCAUUGCUUUACAACACAAGAAAGAUGAAUUUCAUUUCAAGGGAGCAGAACUGUUGAAAGAAAAUAAAUUUAAAUUGGUUUUCAUUCUUCUAAGUGUAAUUAAUAAUGCUCUCAUUGACCAAUGUAUUGAUGUUCGCUUUGCAGCUGCUAAAUGUGCGAAGAACAUACUCGCCACCCAAACAGGUUACCAGUUCUGGGAGCUGAGUAAGAAUGAUCCCAAUGGUCCUGAUCCCAUGCUAAUGUAUUUGCAACCUUUUCGAACACCCAGAAAGAAGGUUCCUGAGUCACUAGUAGACAGUGGAUCCAGUCCUUCUGAGAAGCUCGAUGAUGGCUGUUUGUGGAUACCUCAGGGUGCAAACCAUGAUACAUGGCUGAAAACACUAACCUGUGCACUACUAGACAGUGGAGGUGUGAAAAGUGAAGUUCUAAAGUUAAUAAAGCCACUGUGUGAGGUGAAGGCUGACUUCUGCCAGAUGGUCCUUCCAUACCUGAUCCAUGAUAUUCUCCUUCAUGGCGAUAAUAGUUGUUGGCAGGCGUUGUUAUCUAACCACAUUCAAAGUUUCUUUAAUAUGUGCUGUAGAAUGGGAUCAACCUCUAGCCGAUCCACCACACCAGCCAAUAUUGACUCAGAAACAGACAGCCUUCCCCAUGGAUAUAUGGAUAAAGCCUCUCGGCGCACAAUGCUGGCUGUGGUCGAUUACUUACGCAAACAAAAAAGACAUCAGCUGAGCACUGUUUGGAAUGACAACUUCUGGCUGGAUCUGAAUUACCUCGAGGUUGCUUUGACAGCCCAGUCAUGUGCAGCUCACUUUACAGCCUUGCUUUAUGCGGAAAUCUAUGCAGAUAAAAUCAGAUCUGAAGAGGAAGAGUUGAAACGGCGUUCUUACAGAGCAGCUCGCAACUUAAAGUUUGAUGAAAGCAGCCAAGAGCUAACAGUCUCCAGCUUGAGCAGCAAAAGCAGAGAAGAAACGGGGAUUGGCUUACAGGAACUACUGAUUGAAGUCUACAGAAGUAUAGGAGAACCUGAUAGUUUGUAUGGCUGUGGUGGAGGGAAGAUGUUACACCCACUUGCCAGAGUUCGAACAUAUGAGCAUGAAGUGCAGUGGGAUAAGGCUCUUGUAACGUAUGAUAUUGAAAAGAAUCUUCCUGUCUCUACACGCCAAGCUGGUAUUGUCCAGGCUUUACAGAACUUUGGACUCUGCCAUAUUCUAACUACAUAUUUAAAGGGACUUGAAGUUGAAAACACAGAAUGGUGUGAGGAAUUACAGGAAAUUCGCUUCCAGGCAGCCUGGAGAAACAUGCAGUGGGAUCAUAUUCUUCCAAGCAAGGGUGGGACUUCGGGAUCUGGAUAUCAUGAAUCCGUGUGCCAUGCUUUGCAGUCUCUGAAAGACCAAGAAUUCUCUGCCUUCCAUGAGGUUUUGAAGGCUGCCAGGAUGAAAGAAGUUGAAGAACUAUGCAAAGGAAGCCUGGAAUCUGUUUACUCUCUAUACCCCACACUAUGCAGAUUGCAAAUACUUGAAGAACUAGAAACUAUUGGACAGAGGCUGUGCAGAUCUGACCCAGAUGAUGCAUUGAAUAAGGUACACAAAAAAUGGCAACAACAACUUCUGCUUCUCAAGGACAGUGACUUUACCUUCCAGGAGCCUAUCUUAACCAUGAGGACUGUCAUCCAAGAGUUGCUUAUCACAAAAGAAAUGGAUGGUCAAAGGAAGGAUCUCAUUAAAGAUGCUCUGACUAAGCACUUGCUUGAAAUGACAAAAUUAGCACGAGCGGCAAAAAAUUCUCAGCUGGCAGAGAAAGCCAUCUUUCAAAUCAAGCAGCACAAUCCAGUUGGGUUUGGUGUUUCUACCUGGCAGCUAGAAGAGGCUCAAGUCUUUUGGGAUAAACAGGAGCAGAGUCUUUCUCUUGAUAUUCUCAAACAAAUGAUUGACAAGCUAGAGGUAACAGACAACAAAGAAUUAGUUCCACUCUAUAUCGAAUGCCUAAGACUCUGUGGAAACUGGUUGGCAGAAACAUGUUUAGAAAGUCCUGGCACCAUCAUGCAGGAGUACUUAGAAAAAGCUGUGACUCUUAGCAUUGAACAUAAGAGCAUAGUUCACAGUGGGAAGAUGGAAGCAUUCUUAUCCUUGGCAAGGUUCUCAGAUGCACAGUAUCAGAGUAUCGAUAAUUACAUGAAGUCAUCCGAGUUUGAAAACAAGCGUGCACUUCUCAAGAAUGCCAAAGCAGAAAUCCAUUUGAUCAAGGAACAUAAAUUUCAAACCAACAGAUAUGUAGUAAAGGUUCAGCGGGAAUGUGAAUUAGAUGAACAAGCAAUGUGUGCAUUGCAAGAGGAUCGUAAGCAGUUUCUGUGUAAAGCGGUGGAAAACUACAUCAACUGCUUGCAGAGUGGUGAAGAACACGACAUGCGCAUCUUUAGACUCUGUUCCUUGUGGCUUGAAAAUUCGGGUGUUCCAGAAGUAAACGAAAUGAUGAAGAAAGGUGUAGAAAAGAUUCCAUCUUACAAGUUUUUACCUUUAAUGUACCAGCUGGCUGCUCGAAUGGGAACAAAGAUGGCAGGAGGGCAAAGAUUUCAUGAAGUAUUAAACAAGCUAAUUGAAAAAACGUCAUUGGAUCAUCCUCAUCACACACUGUUUAUCAUUUUGGCCUUAUCCAAUGCAAACAAAGAUGACAUUCUAGGAAAAUCUGAUAUGUUGAGGAGGGGAAAACAUGUAAAAAAGGAGAUGCCUCACUUGGAUCAGGAGAGAAUGGAUGCUGCCAGAAAUAUAAUAAAUACAAUCCAAAAAUCUAAAGCUAAAAUGAUUAAGGACAUUGAGAGAUUAUGUGAUGCCUUAAUCACACUUGCAAAUAUGGAUGCAAGUAAAUGGAAAAUGGAAAGAAAAGCCAUUGAAAUUCCUGCAACACAGCCUAUCACUAAAAUAAAGGAUCUUGAUGAAGUUGUUAUUCCAACCAUGGAAAUCAAGGUUGACCCAUCUGGAAAGUAUGAAAAUCUGAUAACUGUGAAAUCAUUCAAGUCUCAGUUUCGAUUAGCAGGAGGAGUGAACCUUCCAAAAAUCAUUGAUUGUGUGGGGUCUGAUGGGAAAGAGAGAAGGCAGCUAGUCAAGGGUCGGGAUGAUCUGCGACAAGAUGCAGUAAUGCAGCAGGUUUUUCAGAUGUGUAACACACUUUUGGAAAAGAAUUCAGAAACCAGAAAGAGAAAGCUGACUAUCCGCACAUACAAGGUCAUUCCACUUUCUCAGAGAAGUGGCAUCCUUGAAUGGUGUACAGGAACCUUGCCCAUUGGGGAAUAUCUGGUUAACCAAAAUGAAGGAGCCCACAAGAGGUAUCGACCAAGAGACUGGAGCAGCCUAGAAUGCAGGAAAAAAAUGUCUGAAGCACAGAAACUCAGCUUUGAAGGUAAAUAUCAAGCCUUCAUGGAUGUCUGCAAGAAUUUCCGCCCUGUCUUCCGAUAUUUCUGUAUGGAAAAAUUUUUGGAUCCAGCUGUAUGGUUUGAAAAGCGGCUUGGAUAUACUCGAAGUGUAGCUACAUCUUCAAUUGUUUGCUACAUUGUUGGUCUUGGUGACAGACAUGUACAAAACAUCCUCAUUGACGAAGAGUCAGCUGAACUUGUGCAUAUAGACCUAGGAGUUGCAUUUGAGCAAGGUAAAAUUCUUCCUACUCCAGAGACUGUCCCGUUCCGCCUAACAAGGGACAUAGUUGAUGGAAUGGGCAUCACUGGAGUGGAGGGUGUUUUCAGGAGGUGUUGUGAAAAGACAAUGGAGGUUAUGCGAAGUGCCCAAGAGGCCUUACUAACAAUAGUUGAGGUGCUGCUAUAUGAUCCUCUUUUUGAUUGGACCAUGAAUCCUUUAAAAGCACUUUACCUACAGCAGAGACCUGAAGAAGAUGCAGACCUUCAAUCUACACUGAACUCCACUGUGGCUGGGGAUGAUACAGAAUGUGAUGGAAAGAUUAUUGAUACUAAGAGCAUCAAUAAAGUGGCAGAACGUGUACUUCUGAGACUACAGGAGAAGUUGAAGGGGGUUGAAGAAGGUGCUGUCCUCAGUGUGGGUGGACAAGUGAAUCUACUCAUACAACAAGCCAGAGAUCCAAAGAACCUCAGUCGGCUCUUCCCAGGCUGGCAACCUUGGGUAUGAUCACAGAAGGAAAUGAGGAUGAAAGAAGAACACUUUCUUCUGUUGAAUUUUAAGGUCUUUUUUGUUAUAAGGUACAAAUGUACUUGGGUAUACAAUAUUUGUGUGUGUGUGUGUGUAUAUAAAUGUGUACCACUAGUUGAAAUACUUGUCAUGUUACAAAUUAGUUUUCAUUUUAAUUAACUGGUAAUGAAUAUCAGCUAAUAACAUGAGAUGGCACUAAAACAGCAGUGUAACCCUCUGAUGCCCAAGGCAGUAUUUAGACUAUGUCAGGGGCAAAAAAAAUGCAAGGGCUAUCUUAAACUAUUAGUUUCAAACUCAGUCUUGCUUGCUUUAAUAGCUUUUAAACAAAACAAAAUACCUUUGUAAAAGCUACUACUGAAUUUCUGUGUUUUGUAUACACAUAUAUAAGGCUGAAUUUAUUGCUCUCAGCAAAGCAGGUUCAGGAGAUUGUCGAUCACAGAAUCAAGGCUCUUCUUGAAUCUCUGAUCUGAUCAUAGUUUCCCAUUGGUACUUUGAGUUUAGUGAAUUUACUCUGUCAUCUCCAACUUGCCUUUAAACUCAGGGAUAUAACAUGGAAGCUAUGCAGAAAGGAAGUGUUUGCAUUUCUAGAGACAUUCUGAAUCUUUAUUUUUUGAAUUAUUCACUCAUCUGAAAGAAGUGAAGAUGUUUCAGCAGAAUUAAUGUCAGCUACAGUUAUGUGUAAUUAGUCUAUAUUGUACUAUUAACAGAGAAAGAUUUUCAUUUUGUACAAGCAUAAAUUUUGACUAAAUGAAAUGCUUAAUAAUUAAUUUUGGUCCACAGUGCAGUUUGAAACUAAAUGGAACUUGAAUCUACUAGAUAUUAAAUUUAAUUAUUUGUGUCUCCUGAAAGUUGUAAAUUGUCUUUAUAAUCGUAACUAUGAAUUUGUAAUGGGAUCCUUUGAUCUGAAAUUUCGAUUAUGUAUUAUAAAGCACUUUAUCUGUACUUGGAAAAGAAAACAUUCUCUGUUUAUCUGUACCUCUGCGGUACAUUUUAGCCUGUAGGAUCAGCAGCCAUUUCAUCUGAUAAGGAAGUAUGUCCAGUUAAUAUUUUGAAAGAUAAAAAAAAACUAAAAUAAAAAUACUGCCAUGAUAUUUCUAAA